AUGAGUUCGGUCUUAACGUACACCGCCUACGCGUUUGAGACGCUGUACUCGACUUUGAACAAAAUCGACCCAAUCCCGUUCAGCGAAUGGAAGUACGCCAUCGAGAAAGAACACACCGUCACCAAGGAGAGCUGUCCGCUGUUUGUAACCUGGAACGUUUUGGACGGUACCGAUAAGGUGCUGCGGGGAUGCAUUGGCAAUUUCGGUGACCUGACGUUGCCGGAGGGCGUGAAGGACUACGCGUUGGUUGCCGCGUUUGAGGAUUCGCGGUUCGACCCCAUUUCCGCCGCAGAACUGCCCGACCUGGCCUGCUCCGUUACGCUGCUCAAGAAUUUUGAAAAGGCCAAGGACGCCCUCGAUUGGGAGCUGGGCAAACACGGGAUCCGCAUUCUCAUCAAUGGCCAGCGGUCCGCAACGUUUCUGCCCGAAGUGGCCGUGGAGCAGGGCUGGAACAAGGACCAGACCUUGGACCAUCUCGUACGCAAGGCCGGGUACUACGUCACCAACUGGAAACAGGUCCAGAUCGAGCUCACCAGAUACCAGGGGCUCAAGGAGUCGAUUGACUACGAAACGUUUACGAAAUUGCGUGGCACGCUUGCAAAGGGGGCCUGA